CCUGCUGUUGAGACUGCAGAGGAAGCUAAGGAACCAGCCGAGGCAGACAUCAAUGAGCUCUGCAAAGACAUGUUCAGCAAAAUGGCCACUUACUUAACAGGUGAACUGACAGCCACCAGUGAAGACUACAAACUCUUGGAAAACAUGAAUAAGCUGACGAGCUUGAAGUACCUGGAAAUGAAAGAUAUUGCUAUAAACAUCAGUAGAAAUCUGAAGGAUUUAAAUCAGAAAUAUGCUGAUCUUCAACCAUAUCUGGAACAAAUCAACUUAAUUGAGGAGCAGGUUGCAGCUCUGGAACAGGCAGCUUAUAAACUGGAUGCAUAUUCCAAAAAACUUGAAGCUAAGUACAAAAAACUGGAGAAACGAUGAAAAUACAAGUCUUUAAGUUGGAGUUGGGCAACGAGUCAGACUGAUCUCUGGUUUUGCACAACAGUGAUUCUGUAUGUUGCCAAGGAUUUGGUUACAGCUGACAUCAAGACUGGUAAAUUUUUCCAGCUAUUGAAUACAGUAGGCUGUAUUCAGGCUUAAGGCUGAAUAAUGUUUUCCUCUUCUCAAGAGGUUUUAUUGCCUCAGUUGUUCUGCAGUGAAAAGUAGAAGCCUGUCCUAACCCAUAUGUUGAUAUUGGCUCUCUGUGUGUUAGUCCAGUUUU